GUUUGAUGAACUAUAAAUGAGCCGUGUUGAAAUGAUGUUUUUUUAAUCACACCAGUCCUAUCUUCUGACAAAAGAACAGAGAUGAAAUAAGAACUCAGAGAGAUUAUUUAUGAAUUAUGCAUGAAUGAUGUCUGACAUACCCAACCAUACAAGGAGUUUUUCACUGCGACUAUCUAAAGUGCUAAAUGACAUUGGUGUAAGUGAUGCCACGGUUAGAAAAAGGAGAGAAAUUAUGUUGGCAAAUGAAACUAUUAAAAUAAUACAGCAAAAAAUGCUAGGGAAGGAAGUAACGAUAUAUAGUUUUGGGAGCCAGACAGAAGGCACCACAACAGUAGGGCUUCUUUCAGAUACUGACACUCUUGUUUCAGACAACCGUUUAAAUAUUAUACAAGAUCUUGCAGAGUGGCGUGUAGGAUAUAAAAAUCUAUUGAUGGUGCAUGAUCCUAAUACACCUCCAGGGUAUUGUCUUCUACAAGAGAUAUAUGACAAUGAUCCUAGCCCAGUUGUUCAUAUACAAACUGGAAGAGACCUUGUAAGGAAUGACUGGUUUGUAGAUAGAAUGCCUGCGGGUACUGUAAGACAUGGACCAUCAUUGUCUACACGCGGUUUACAAGGAUUUUUCGAUGAUGACACUGUGCAUGCAUUCUAUUGUAAAUCAUGGCCAAAGGAGGCAAGACAGUGGAUAAAUACAACAAGACCUGGGGAUUGGCCUCCUGAAGAAUUAAAGAGGCAAGCUAUGAAUGAUGGAUGUUUUGUUGUACCGGUUGGUUUGCAUGGUACUGAAAAUGAGGAAUUUCAAUGGAGAAUAUCAACAUCAUUAACAGAACGCAGGCUGAUGUUCAGCUUAAACAUAGUUCAAAUCAGGUGUUAUGUUUUAAUGAAAAUGAUUCUAAAAUCUUACCAGACCCUUGUUUCUGAAGAUGCUUUAUCAAGUUUCAUCUGUAAAACAGUACUCCUUCAUUGCAUUGAAAGAGAAGGAGAAAAUCUCUGGCAAGAUGAUAACUUACUAAACUGUUUGAAUAUUUGCUUAAAAUUUCUGCAUGACUGUGUUUUGUUAGAGCAUUGCCCACACUUUAUUUUACGGGAAAACAACCUGAUGGCAAGACGUAUUCCACCAGACAUCAAACCACAAAUUCUUGCCACACUACAAUAUAUUUUAGAUAGUGAUGGUAAUGCUUUAAAUGAAAUCCAAAUUGACCAGCUUGGUAUAAGAUUAAGUUUGAUACAGUUUCAAAAUGCUCACCACACUUAUAUAUCUGAAGUAGAUCUACCAGGGCCUACAAUGACACAAUCAGUAUCAGAACACCUGCUUUAUAAUUUCAUGCUAGGUUUGAGUGCACGCAUUAAGGAAAUCAUCUCUACUUUGACAGAUUACAAAACUGAAACUGUUGUUCAAACUUUAUCACAAUAUAUUGACAAGCUUGUAAGCAAUUAUCCUGAAGGUGAUGACACUGCAAAGACAGCCUGUACUGUCCUAUCAUCCUUCUUAUACAUGUCACAUGGAUCAGUUCUUGCUUCUCGGUGUGUUUCUAGGAAUGAACCAAUUACAGAAAACAUUCUUCUUAUACUAGAACAAGGUUCAAUGACUGAUUUCUCAUGUAGCUUAAAACAAGCAUCAGUGUUUUACUGUAAAGGAGACAUCCCUCAGACUAAAAGCAUACUUGAUCAAAUAGAUCAACAAUAUAGCAUUGAACAUUUGCAAUCUGUUUGUGGUUGUUACCAGAGUCCAGAUAGAGGAAGGCGAAAACAUGAAUUUCAGGAAGUUUGUCAUGAAGGUGAUAUAAAACAUGCAUUAAAGCACACAGCUUUUUGUGUCAGGUUCCUACCAUGUGAAGUAAACUGUGUCCCGGAGGAGCUAAAACAGGAGUAUUUUCGCACAGCAUCGGGCAUGCAUCAUUCCAGAGGGCAGCAUGACGAUUGGAUGGACUGGGCUGUAGUAGACUCUAUCCCCUUUUUCCAUUUCUUACAAUACAAAGUCUUUUCCCAUCAAGGUAACAGAGAAAGGAAAUUGAUGGCUGUUGACAAGCUUAGACAAGCCAUAGCCACUGAGCCAAACCUUGGACACAAAGAAACAGCCCUAAAUUUACUUGCACAAUGUUUGGAGCAGGAAUAUGCAUUGGAUGAUGCUUUACAUUGCUACAAUGCAUCAAUUAACCAUCGUACAAAUCACAAUGCUGCAUAUUCUCUCAUAUCAAACAUCACAUAUUAGACUCUAGAAUAAAUGAUUAAUCUUACUUAGACUGUAAGUCUGGUUAACUCAUAGGUAGAAAAUGAAAAUUUAUAUUUAAUAA